AUGUAUGUUCAUUCAACAAAUCAACAUUCAUCUUGUUGUAUUCAUAAUAUGAUUACAUCAAUUGUUAUUGAUAAAUCAUCAUUAUCUAAUAUUUCAUCAACAAAAAUUUAUUCAAAAGUUGUUGGUGGUCCUGUUUUACAUACAAAUUCACAACCUAUAACAACACAUACAACAACAGAUAAUACUAAUAAAACAACAUCACAACGUUAUAAAACUGAAUUAUGUCGUUCAUAUCAUGAAACAGGUUUAUGCAAAUAUGGUGAAAAAUGUCAAUUUGCUCAUGGUUAUCAUGAAAUACGUUCGUUAAAUCGUCAUCCAAAAUAUAAAACAGUACUUUGUCGUACAUAUCACUGUACUGGCUAUUGUCCUUAUGGUCCACGAUGUCAUUUUUUACAUGACGAAUAUCCAGAUACGUUACCAUGUAAUUCUAUACCAUCAUCAUCAUCAUCAAUUUCACCAUCAUCAUCAUUCGGUAGUGAUAUUCGUUCAUCAGUAUCAUCAUCACGUUCAAUUUCACCAAUGGAUUCUCCAAUAAUAAGCUCUGAUGAUUAUUUAUUUCUUCCUUCGUUUUUAUUAAACAAGUAA